AUGGCAUCACCAGCGCAAACAACCCAGCGCCCCAAGGUCCAGCCUUGUCGGUACAAGACUGGCAAGACGCUAGGCGCCGGCUCUUAUUCAGUGGUUAAGGAAUGCGUGCACAUCGAUACGGGCCGUUACUAUGCGGCGAAGGUGAUCAAUAAACGCCUGAUGGCUGGGCGCGAGCACAUGGUCCGGAAUGAGAUCGCAGUGCUAAAGAGAGUAUCGAUGGGUCACCAAAACAUACUGACCCUGGUCGACUAUUUUGAGACCAUGAACAAUCUUUACCUGGUCACUGACCUUGCGCUCGGCGGAGAGCUGUUCGACCGUAUCUGUCGAAAAGGCAGCUACUACGAAUCCGACGCAGCGGAUCUCAUCCGUGCGAUCUUGUCUGCGGUUGCCUAUUUACAUGACCAUGGCAUCGUGCAUCGCGAUCUCAAGCCAGAGAACCUCCUGUUCCGGACUCCCGAGGACAACGCAGAUCUGUUAAUUGCAGACUUUGGCCUGUCCCGGAUCAUGGACGAGGAGCAGUUUCACGUUCUCACCACGACAUGCGGUACGCCUGGGUAUAUGGCACCUGAGAUCUUCAAGAAAAGCGGCCAUGGAAAACCAGUAGACAUCUGGGCCAUUGGUGUCAUCACCUACUUCUUACUCUGCGGCUAUACCCCCUUCGACCGCGACUCCAACCUGGAAGAGAUGCAGGCCAUCCUUGCAGCGGACUAUUCCUUCACGCCUCUUGAGUACUGGCGCGGCGUCUCGCCCGAGGCGCGUGACUUCAUCAAACGCUGCCUGACCAUCGACCCCGCCGCGCGAAUGACGGCUCACGCCGCCUUGCAACAUGCCUGGGUCAACCCGCCCUACGACACAGACGUCGACAAGUUCGGCUCGGGAGAGGAUCUCCUGCCGACUGUGAAGAAGAACUUCAACGCACGACGCACGCUCCACAAGGCCAUCGACACGGUGCGGGCCAUCAACAAGCUCCGCGAGGGAGGAGGGCUCAUGAUGGACGGCGUUAUGAGCGUCGAUCCCAAGCCCGAGCGUGUCGUCGGGAACGACGUCUACGAGGAACAGCAGUAUCAUCCCCAUCACCAGGGCGACCGUGCCGAUCACGAUGGGGAGAUGGAAAUCGAUGGACGGGGCAAUGCCCGUGGUCAGACGGAGGAGCAGAUUCGGGCCCAAGAACGUAAGGUCAAGGAGACGGUGGCAGGGUUGUGGAGCAAAUCUGCGAAGAGAUGA